GUCUCUAGUUUAAGAAGUUGACGUUCAAUGAUGAAACACUGUAUGAAGUCAGAAUGAAAUUAAAAAUAAUACUGAGAAAUAUAAACGGCUCUUAACAAAACAUUUUGUAAUUUUAAUUCCCUAAUAGAACUGUAUAAAAUGCCCUAAUAGAACUGCAUAAAAUUAGUACAGAAGAUGUAAUAUUAUGGAAAACGCUUUUUUAGUUCUGCUUCAAUAUAAAGCAAACAAACAAACAAACUCCAUAGAUCUCCAUACAUUUCAACUCUGAUAAAGUCUGAGUUCUUGUAAGAAUAGAUGAAAGGCAGUUUCAACUGAAAGCAAACACUUUGGGAGGUAGAAGGCGACUGUGUUACCGAACCCGCACGUAUAACAAUGUCCACUCAAGGUGAUUCUUAUCACGUAUUCUGGGAACUUCAUAAUCUUAUUUUACUUACACCCACAACACACCUGUGAGGUGUGUUACAAAUUACAAAUUAUUUGCAUAAGAUCACAUGAAAGAAUGACAUGGAGAGAGGUAAAUCUAGGCUAAAACUUUAAACGCUGGCUGUACCUUACUAUUAGCAGGCAUUUGAUUAAUAUUUACCUCGAUUUCACUCUCUCCACUGCUCUUCUUAGUACUAUAAUUGUUUUUAAAGUUCUUUAUCUGAAUAUCCAAAUGGCUAUUGUUUUGAUAUUUGUUAUGAACGAGACACGGCGUUACUUUAUUUUGCUAAAAGGAUCCCAGCAAUAGCAUACUCUCCUCAUUGACAGCUCCUUUCACCCUAGAAUCUGUAAGUUUGAUAGUAAUUAGCCUCAGAUUAUUUGUGUGGAGAAGAUAUUACUGAAGAUGCUGAAAAUGCUGAAGAGAAUGAAACAUAAUAAGCCUCGAAUUUUUAAGGACCAUUCACUUAAAGCAGCCAUUCUGGAAAAUCUACCUUCACACAACCGAGUUUGUGGUCCCAGAAAUGCCCAGAACCUGCAGCACUUGGGCUUCAGCAGGAACCACUGGUGUUUGGCAGCCUGCAGAAUAACAGGUCCCAGCUGAGACAUGCCAAAGGAGGUUUCAAAACAGGAAAUCAAGUUCCAAAGCUGAGACUCUUAGUUCAGCACAGUAACCCUUGGACAACAUAAACUUCCACUUUAGCACCCUGCAAAGGCAAUUCUCUUUAUGCUCAUAAUGCCCUGAGAAUUCAGUUAUACCCGACACUACAGCAGAAAAAGCUGCAUCCUCAUAACGAAAAUGAGAGCUCCACAGCAUAAUCACACUACAGCUGAUUUGGUGCUACCUUCAAAGUUGUGUACUCACACUGUAUAUAUGAGAAAGACAAGGCACAGAAAGGAUAAGGGAUUUCAUUUUUCAAGUUUAUUUCCUGCCACACGUCCAGUUUCUGCUUCCAUGCCUGACGCAACCAACCUUCUUGGUUGUGAAGUGCAACAGUUUGACCUUCACCUGAACUGCACCUGCACUCCAACAGCACACUUCACUAAGCUGCAGACAUCACAGAACCUGGCCAAAAUGGCUAGUGAAAUGCAGGCUGGCUGAGUAAUGAGGAGGUCUGAUUCCAUGACAUCGAGCUGACAUCCAGCAAAGCCUUGAGACAAGAAUAUCCACCACAAGUACGAAACAUUCAGGAAAGGGAGUAAUAAAAAGGAGGAGCCUAUUUAUCCAAUUUAUGUUUCAAUUUAUAUGGAUUAAAGUCUUCCUUUUUGGGGAGGAAGACAAAAAUGGUAUGUAUGAUCUCCUUCCAAGAUUCUGCUGAGAAGUUUUCAAAACAGAAGACUCUCUGCUCUUCCCCCACCCACCCUCUGAGGAAUUUCUGUGUUCACAAGUUUUGUGUCUCUGAUGUCCCAGCUCUGCUUUCUUGGCCCUCACCAGGAACACAAAGUGAAGACAAUCAUCAGGUUUGAAUGUUUCAGACGUGUUAAACAGUGUUAACUGCAAGACACAAAAUAAUGGCAAGGACACCUGCACAACUCCCACCCUGCUUCUCUCUUAUGAGUGAAGUAUAUAGCAUAGUUGUUUCCUUCCUCUUUCUACAAAGACCCUUUGCUUUUAUUUCCCAUCUCUUUUCUAUUGCCCCUCUUUCCUUCCCCAUUUCCCUAAGCAACUGGGGAUAAUAAACUGGUUGGGCUAACAUUUUACCUGUUGUGUUUUAAUCUCACCAUCAGGUAUAAAUAUACUAAAAAACCUCCUCUCCCUCCUAUAACCUGGAGCGAGACAGACUCAUAUCAGUCUCACCUACACAAGCCUUAGAUCUUCCUUCUAAGUGUAUGUUCAGCCCAGCUCCCCAGCACAAAGAGCUGUGCCACUGUCCUGGUUUUGGACACAGAGUCAGCUCCAACCUGCUCUCAUCCUGUGCUCUCUGUGCUGCUGGGUACAGAGGAACUGCAAUCAUUCGCCUGGGAGGCCACGAACAGCUCUAGACUUCCUUUCUGCAGCACAUGGUAGGGUCAUUUGGCUCAGACAUGUGUAAGCUCCAUUAGACGUCACGUCAGUUCCUCCGAAUGUCCUGUGAAGCCCUCUUGGUAGUAGCAGGCUAAGGUUGGAUCUCACACAUUUCAUAAACCAGACUGAGGGAAAUAAGUCAAAACCUUUGCAGCUGUACUCCACAACAAGGAUACAAAUGAAGUGCAGUUUUCACUGUUUUUAAUGUUCCCUCCUGCUCUUAUCUACCCCGUAGCUACAGACACAGCUGCAACCACACUGUCUGAGAAAAAAAAUAACCUGGAGUUUUAUGAAUCCUGCAAAACAUUGGCUCUUUGCUCCUCUGACACGGAUCCUUACAUGCAUGUAGGCAUCCAGUGACGUUUAUAGAAAACCCACCUGCACUGCAAUUCCUUUGAAAAAUAUUCGUGGUGCAAAGAUGCCAGAGAGAACUGAUAACAAAGCACCGGUUGGGUAAGUUUGGUGAGAUAAAAAGAUUAUGCCUGUCCUCAUUAUUUAGAUUGUAAACUUCGUAUGGUUAGGGAAUAUACUUCACUGAGUUUAAACACACUUUCUAGCACAAAUAAACAUGACUGCAGUGCAAAUUAUUACCACUUAAAUAAUGAGAAGCUGGAAUCUUGAAUUUCAAGAACAAAGUUUUUAACCUUUGGAUAUUUCAGCCCAAAUCAGAGUGUUUCUAGGAAGCUCUUAGCUUCCAGAAAGCUAAACACAAGUAAAGUUGAAAAAAGCUUUAUCAAAGAGCUUUGAUUAAACUCUCUGACUGAAGACCACCCCCAGGAUAUGAAAUCAGAGAAGCCCAAGUGCAAAACAUCUCAUAUGUGUCCUUGAAGGCUGGCACCUGACACUGCCAUGUUCACGGCCCCGCUUCACUCUACGUGCUCAGCAUGCACCUUGCUUAGAUAGCUCCACAGAGAUUGCUGAACUAGGAAGUUCAAAAAUGCAAUGAAUUCCCUUAUUGUUCUUAUCUCUGCAGUAACUAUUUAUCUUAGCACCAUGUGCUAGGCAAAUCAUUGUCUGUUCAUGUUUUAAUCUAUCUAAUCCAAUACGGAAAAACACUAACCAGCAAAUCCUCAUUGUUGGAAUGUUAUUUAUAGCUAUCUUUUUUAUGAAUAAAGUCCUGCUCAUAAGUCAGCUGUCAGAUUUCCCAUUGUUAUUACAGUCCUGAUCCCAUUUGACCCCAGUAUAACACCACAGUGGCCUUGCCCUUCACCUGAGAGCCCACAGCUUUUGGUAAAGGCAUAAAGCUCCACAGUGAUCAGUCAACAUAAUGCCACACCACAACCUUUACACUCCUUCCUGGAGAGGCACUGAGUCAAGCAUCCUGCUCUCCUUGCACCCAACCCAGGAUUUGGGUUGCACAGUCAUGGAGAGAGAAGCAUUUGGAAGAAUGGGAGAAUUUGCAUUCCCUGAUGUGUUUUCCUCCUCAGCUGUGUCAAAAUUCAGUCCCAAAUGAAAAAUAGAAAAUGUGUGUAUAACAGAAACUGUACAACAAAAAGUAGCAGUGCCACUUGUGUACACACCUUUGUUUGUUGAACAUAAAGCCUGAAUUGCACUGAAUCAGACACUUGGAAUUAAAGCAUUCAGAUAGGAAAAGAGGACAGAAAAAAUAUAUACUAGAUGCAGUAUAACAGAGUACAUAUAGCACGUAGUAUAUAUAUAUAUGUGUAAUAUGUAUAUAUACACGCAUAUAUAUGAAAGAAUAUAAAGAAAAAGUACACAAAGGAAAAAAGAAGCAUGGUCUCUAUUAAUCCACUAAAUGCAAAAUCACACGUAAGGAAAGUGCUGGCAUGCCACCUACUAAACCUUUCCUGUUACUGCACACAGAAAUGCAGUUUCACCAACCUGCUGUUUGAAGGGUUGCUGUGUGCUGUUGGAGUGGAGGUGAUUUUUUUUUGGCACAGAACACUAACAUUAAUGCAUACGUUCACAAUUACUCUGAAAGUCACCUGGUCUGUCAGAGAAAAGACUAACAGCAAACAAAAAUGUAACAUCUCAGUAAUAGGUUACUAGAUGUGCAUAGGUUGCAAAGUCUUAGCUAUUCACUGCAGGAUAUUUGUUUAGUGCUAGAAAACUGUAUUCCUUUUGUCAUUUAUUUCUGAGAAAUGAAUAAAUUUAGUCAGACCAUGAGUAGAGUAAAUCUGGGGAAAUUACAAGGGGGAGGAGUUCACCUUCCUGGCUAUGGCUUUCAGGUCUGUCCAGGACUACUUACUCCAGUAUAAAACUGAGAGCAGAAAUAUGAUCACAUACUAAGAAGUCUAAUCAAUUCUGGUUUCAACACUGAGCCUAUUUAAAAUAGAUAAUGGAAUUGCUGUUCCUUGUUCUGUUCUCUCUGCACAUUCUCAAGACAGAGGCAGUAGUUGGACAACACUGGUGCUAUCUGUCACAGAAGAAAGAGGAGCCAAGCUGUGAAGACCCUCGACAUUGGCAUAUAGUAGAUGCCAAAUGCAAAGGAACCAAACAGUCACCCAUCAAUAUUGUCACCAAAAAUGUCAUUUAUGACAAGAACCUGACGCCACUGCAUUUUGAAAAUUAUGAUCUGAAAGGGACUUCAAAAUGGACAAUAGAAAACAAUGGACAUACAGUUAAAGUAACACUGAACACAAACCCUACAAUUGAAGGAGGAGGUCUGAACAGAAUAUACAAGGCGGUAGAAUUCCAUCUGCACUGGGGAAUCCAAGAGGAACAGCUCUACUUUCCUGGGUCAGAGCACAGCAUAGAUGGAGAAAAACAAGCUAUGGAGCUUCAUAUUGUCCACAUAAGAGAAGAUGCUUUGGAUUUAGCAGAUGCAAAGAACUAUGCAGAUGGUAUAGCUGUGCUAGCAUUCUUUAUAAAGAUUGAUGAAGAAAAUAAAAACUAUGCAACUCUAAUAAGUGAAUUAGAUAAUAUUCUACAGAAAGACACAUCAUCACAGAUGGAGCCUUUGCCACUGAAUUCUCUUCUCCCACCGGUAUAUGAACUUAGGAAGUACUAUCGGUACGAGGGCUCCCUCACCACUCCUGACUGCCACGAGACGGUCAUCUGGACAGUGUUUGAGGAGCCAAUUCAACUCAGUUUAUCACAGGUUUCCCAGUUCUCAUCAGUUCACUUUGGAGGGAACAACUCAACACUCAUGUCUGAAAACUUUCGGCCUGCUCAGUUUCUGAAUGGUCGAUAUGUGUACUGGUCCAGUGCCAGCAGCCUCCUGCCUCCUGCUAAGGUUUUAAUGUUGGCUCUGAUCCUUCUAUACCUCCUAAAUUCUCUCUUCCAAUGAAUAAUUCUGACUCAUUCAAGGUUCUGGGCUUUUAUUCUGUUUUGUUUUUGUAUCAAGUGUUCCCUCUAAUCACCAACUCCUUAAUUAUAUCUGAAUACAGAAUAUUCUCUCCUCCUCCUUCAUACAUUAACCAACAACUUCUGUUGCUGCUCCUAUAUAAAAUGAACCUGUGGCACUAAAUUACAAAAAUCCUAAGGAACCGUAAGAUUAAACUAUGAAGAUUCACAUUUUAAAAACACUUAAAGAAAACAUCAGGAUGGAUUAUCAGGAUGGUUUUAACGCAACAUUGGAAGGACACUUGAUAAGUGAUACGGAGGACUUUCAGGAGGAAUCUCUUCAUAAGUGCCUAUGAGGGUGUUUUUUUUUCUGGAGUAUGUUUACAUUCAACACUGCAAGUCAGGAAGGAACACCUGGAGGAAUUCUUAUUAUGCCUACGUUGUCCUAUAUGAAGGUAAAAUACAGAACAUAAAAAUGCUCACAGAACUGAACAACACCUGGGUCAUUCUAUGCAGUGAAAGACAUGACAAACUCAUCUGUACUAACACAUUUUUUCCCCCUUCCUCUUUCAGAGUACCUAAAAAGUUAACUCUUAGGGAAGGAUACUGCAUUACUUAUAUGCAGUCCACUGAUUGUGCGUAUCAAGUUUCUCUACUAAAUCUAUUUAUUCAACCCAAUAUGACAUUCUAUUCCAGGAUGCCUGUGGCUGAUACGAUGUGCUAUAAAGGGAAGCUUGCUCACGUAUAGGAAUUGCACCUCUGCAGAAAUUCCUUCUUCGUAGGGCUGUGUUUAGAGCAUGAGACCUUCAAGAUCCUUUACAGUUUUCAUUUCUAUAGCAAAAAGGAACAGUUCAAGAAAUGGCUCUUUCCAGUAUCACUUUUUUAGAAACAUUUAAAUUUCAGUUUGAACUGAAAAUUUCAAUUUUGAAAUUUCAGAGUGAAUAUUCCCACAAUUAUUUAAAGAACAACAUAUCUUCAAAAUAUUCACGUAUGGUUAACAUUCAUAGUUUCAGUAAGAAGAUUUAAAUUUGAAUUGGUUUCUUCAGCUCUUACCCAGUUACAUUCAGGAACACUCAAUAUACUGUGGAAUGGGAUUUCCUUGCACUGUUCCAGCUCUCUUUCUGAAGACAGACAAAUCUGACUGUUCUCUUCAGCUAGUGCCAUACACAUUGCAGCUGCUUUGAGAAUUUUAGAUUUUGGCCAUCCCAGGACACCAUUUCAUUCAAGAGGAUGACUACUUUUUUUAGGGCAAUGUUUGCAAGGACGACUCUACGUUACAGCUACACAGCCAUUUUCAGAAAAAUGUGACAGCAUGACUAACUACAGAUCACCAAAGGAGAAAAGUUAUUUUGAUAUUUAACAAUUAAUAAUAUGAGCUUUAAGAAAAAAAACAUGGAAAAGCAAAUUUACCUUGUUACAUUUAGAAGAAUGGUUAGGACUUUAACUGUAUUUUUAAGUAACAGAAAAACUUUGGAGAAGCAAACAUAAAAGAAAGAUUAAAACUGAA